AUGGCUAAUGAACUUGAACAAGGUUUCUUCUUGGAAGAACUUAAUAAAUACAGUCAGAAGCACGGUGUAGCAGUUAAGUAUCGUGAACUGUCUAUCGCAGGACCUCCACAUAACUUAAGGUUUACAUUUCAAGUUAUAAUAAAUGACAGAGAAUUUCCGGAAGCUGAAGGUAAAACAAAGAAGAAAGCAAGAAAUGCUGCAGCCAAAAUUGCUGUUUGUAUACUUAAUAAAGAAACUAAGGCAGAUAGUUCUUCAUCAUUGCCAACAACAGACACUUCAGAAGGGUUAUUCACUGGGAAUUACAUAGGUCUUAUCAAUAGGAUUGCCCAGAAGGCAAAACUCUCUGUAAAUUAUGAACAGUGUUUUAUGAAUGAAUCAAGGGAGUCUGAGACCAAAAGAUUUCAUUAUAAAUGCCAAAUUGGGCAGAAAGAAUAUGGUAUUGCUACCGGUUCUACUAAACAGGAGGCAAGACAACUUGCUGCUAAACUUGCACAUGAUGAAAUAACAGCAGAAAAAACAUCAAAGAAUACUCACACAGAAUCCUCUGGUUCUCACAUUACUACGUCCAGUGACUCCAGUAGCAUUUCUUCUGUGGCAAGCACAUUCACUUCUGAAUCUACAUCUGAAAAUGAAUCGUCAGCAAGUACAGAACAAAAAAGUUCAGAACAAAAGCACAACAGUGACAGUUUAAAAGAUUCCUUUUCAUCUUCUAUGGAUAGUCUUAGAAAUAAUCAAUGGAAGGCAAAAAGAAAUUUGGCACCAAAAUUUAAUUGUCUUGAGCCAGAAGCAAACACAUAUAGCAAGUAUACUUUGAACUCCAGGUUUGUUAAAGAUUUUGAAGAAAUAGAACCAAUUGGCCGAGGUGGAUAUGGCCAUGUUUUCAAAGCAAAACACAAAAUUGAUAAGAAGACUUAUGUUGUUAAACGUGUUAAAUAUGAUAAUGAGAAGGUAGAACGUGAAGUAAGAGCAUUGGCAAACCUUAGGCAUAUAAAUAUUGUUCACUAUCAUAAUUGUUGGGAUGGACAAGAUUAUGAUCCAGAGAACAGCAUAAAUAAUUCAAGGUCAGAGACUAAGUGUCUUUUCAUCCAAAUGGAAUUCUGUGAUGAAGGGACAUUGGAGCAAUGGAUUGAAGACAAAAGAAAUAGAAAAUCAGACAAAGAUUUGGCUUUGGAUUUGUUUCACCAAAUAACAACUGGAGUGGCUUAUAUACAUUCAAAACAGUUUAUUCAUAGAGACCUUAAGCCAAGCAAUAUAUUUUUAGUAAAUAUAAAACAAAUAAAGAUUGGAGACUUUGGACUUGUAACAUCCUUGAAAAACGAUGAAAAACGAACAGUUGACAAGGGAACAUGGCGAUACAUGAGUCCAGAACAGGUGUCUUCUCAAGAAUAUGGAAAUGAAGUGGACAUCUUCGCUUUGGGGCUAAUUCUUGCUGAACUUCUUUAUAUAUGUCCUACUGUUCAGGAAACAGUCAAGAUUUUUACUGAUCUAAGGAAUGGUAUCUUCCCAGAUGUAUUUAAUACCAAGGAAAAAAUUCUUCUACAAAAAACACUUGCAAAAGAGCCCAAGAAACGAAUUAAGGCAUUUGAAAUACUGAAGACCUUGAAUGAGUGGAAGAAUGACCCAGAGAAAAAGAAGCAAAAUACAUAUUAG